AUGCGAGUGUGCGGUUCCUUGGCCAGCCUCCCCGUCAUGGGGGCUGCGGUAUUCGUGGGGCUGCUCGGCGGAGAUGCUCCCAACUCUCUCUUUUCCGCCCAUGAGGCGGGGAACACCCCAUUCCUCCUCCCUGUUGCCGGUGAGGGCCAGAGCGAAUUAGGCAAGUACGCGGGCAUUGCCAAGAAUGAAGCGGUGACAACCUUCAUCAGCACUCCCAUUGAGCUCUUCUGGAAAGACAUUUGGGAGCAGACCUUCCACAAGUCGGGCAAACCGAUGUGGGAUAGCUUUUUCUUCAAGCUCAAGGGCCUGCUGCGGUACCGGGCGGCACACAAGGCAACUAUCGUGGUCAUUUGGGAGCUCAAGCGGUUCUUGUACGGCGACGACAAAGUCAACACCGAGGCAUGGGCGAAGCUGGAGAAGAAGUUGGAGGGGUAUCUGCGUGAAUGGUGGGUAACAGUCCCCGAGGACCCAUGGGCAGAGCUGCAUACAGGUGUGUGGAAGGCGCUUCUGAAGCUGUACAAUGAAGACCUGGAGCCGCUUAUGAGAGGCAGCCCGAAGUUGAAGGAGUUGGAGAAGAUUCUCUUCGACUCGCAGCUGACAACGAUUCGGCAAUGGACCGACAUGGAUCACAUCAAUGUGAUGCGAGGCAGCUCUUCGGCGAUGUUGCCCCGUCUGCAGUCUCUGAGGGAGACGAAGGGGAAGAAGAUCCUGCGAUCCGGCAGUGGCAACCAGUGA